AUGAGGGAAAGAAGAUCAUUACCUAUUAGCGAAGUGGCGCUUAAAAGCGAAAAGGAUGGACCUGGGAGGGGUUUGGUGGUGAAUUCUGUUUUAUGUGGUGUGGUAGAUGAACUGUCUAACGCGAGGACCGGGAGGCGAGGCUCGUGGGUGCGACACGCAGUCAUGGGUGUCCUCAGGUGGAAAGACUUGACAGGAGUCAGGACCAGCACUCCGACUGAACAAAAAGAGGUAUCACGACCAGACAAUCGUCGGCCAGUGUCUGUUGGAGCCAACGCUGGGUCCAAUGUUGGAGAGAGAAACUAUACUGACUACAGAUUGGCUCACGGGCCGCCAUCGUCACCUGGAGCCGUAGCAGCACAACGCCGAGUGGCCUGUCAGGCUAGCAGGUUACUGCUGGAAGAGACUUUGGCCAAACCUGGUACACCACCAACUAUAGUGCAACCUCCAAAUGGCUGUUAUUGGGUGGAUGGUGUCGAGGAAAAUUCUCCAGACGAUGAGAGUGAAUCUCGACUCCAGCCCGGCACCCCGCGCCAGUCCUCUCGAAGACAUAAUAUUGACACCGAUGAUACUGCCAAGUACUACAGGCGGUUCUUCCUUGGCAAGGAGCACAUCAACUUGGUUGGGUUUGAUGCGAACCUGGGGCCGGUGGUUAUGUCCUUGAAAAACGAACACAUGGCUGGACAGGAUCACACUAGAAUACUUUUACGGCUAAGAACAGAGACUAUGCACGCUCUAAUUCCGAUACCAAAUACAGGGAAAAUGCCAUCACCAUUCCGAAUGGCAAAAAUGCUGAAUGAACAAAUAAAUGUGGACAAUUUCAUGGCAGUCAUGUGUCUCAAUGCCUCAUCACUGAUUGCCGCUUACGAUGAACACGUGCUCGUGAAUACAUUCAAAUUCGGAGUACUUUAUCAGAAAUACGGUCAGACAACCGAGGAGGAACUGUUUGGUAAUAAUGAAACGUCACCAGCUUUUGACGAGUUCUUAGAAAUGCUUGGACAGAAGAUCCAGUUGAGAGAUCACAAAGGUUAUCGCGGUGGUUUGGACAUCCUGAACGGUCAUACUGGCUCGGAGGCGGUCUAUGAACGGUUCCAUGAUAGAGAGAUCAUGUUCCACGUGGCCCCACUGCUGCCGCACACAGCUGGUGACGCACAACAAUUACAGAGGAAACGGCACGUCGGGAACGAUAUUGUGGCGAUUGUUUUUCAGGAAAAAGCAACUCCGUUCACCCCAGACAUGAUUGCGUCGCAUUUCCUACAUGCGUUCAUUGUUGUCACGCCCGUGGAGGCUGCUGAUGGGGAGACAAGAUACAAAGUGGCCGUCACAGCUCGUGUGGACGUUCCAUUCUUCGGUCCGACUCUCCCCCAGCCGCCUAUAUUCCGUAAGGGUCGAGAGCUUAAAGAAUUCCUCCUCACAAAGCUAAUAAACGCUGAGAACGCUUGCUAUAAAGCCGAAAAAUUCGCCGAACUUGAACAGCGCACACGCACUUCGUUACUGCAAUCCCUAGCUGAUAAAUUGAAAGAGAAGACUAUCGAGUUUCUUGGUCCGAGGAACGAAAUAGGUGCUGUGUCGCCGCAACCAGAAGGCACGCCGAAACAGGAGGGCGGUGCGGGCUCUAAACUCUUCGAUACCGUGAAGAAAGUCAUUAUCUCUAAAGUCAGAUCUCCAAGUGUCGACACAAAUCUCUCCGGGGACAGCAGUAAAAAUAAUUCUUUGGUCAAGAAAAAUAUUUUACAUGAAACGCCCACGCCCAAUAGCGGUCGUUCCAAGUCGUCGAUAGCUUCAUCAUCAGCCAGCGCUGUCUCAGUCCGGUCAGCUGGUGGCUCGGACGCUUCCAGCCCGGACGUGACGUCACGCGCCGCCGCGCCCCGCCCCCCACUACACGACCACAGUGACGACUCCAGUCUGAAUUCUGUGGAUCUUGAUCCAUUAGACGACAAGGACUGGUUGAGUUGUGGUAAAGCAACAGGGGCGGUGUACGUGGAUAGCGACACUGGCUUGGAGUCGAUGUCGUCAGCGGACGCCGGCGCUCGAGAGCCGAGAGACACCGACCAGCUGAGAAUUGAAGUUUGUCGCUUAAAGAAUGACAAGCUUGAUCUGCUCAAACAGAAUAUUACUUGGCAAAACGAAAUAAAGUGCUUGCGUGAGAGGGUUAUGACACUACAAGCGGAACUAGCGGCUGCUGCUAAAGAGCGGAGACUUCGAGAACAAACCACCACGAUCAUCCAGAACCCAUCCAAUCACGAUUCAACUGCUUGA